CCAUGUAAGUGCUUUUUCAUGAGUUUGCAGCAGCCAUGCACUGGGAGAUCUAGAGGGAGGGUCUCUGAGUGAGAGCAGAGUUUGUAUGUCUCUGUUUUCAUUCAGUGGAUGCUCAGUGGCCCUUGAACAGCUUGGAUUUAACUGUUGACCAGCUAGCUAACAGGUGGCGUUUGGAGAAACAGUGAGAGCACUGUGUGGAGUGCUGCUACAUGCUGAGACACUUGGAGGACUGUUGCAGGAACCAGCAGCAUGUUGAGGAUCCAAUUGUGGUUGCUUGUCCUGGUUCUCUGUGCUGGGAGCUUAGAGGCCUGGUGGUGGGUCAAAUCAGAAACCCCCACAGAGACUCCAAUGGAGACAACUCCAGCAGGAACAACAAGUGCCACCAUGACAGCCAAUGCCACAAAGAGAAAGGAAGAGCAGGAGGAUGACGAUUUAUCCGGGGUUGGGGAUGAAAUCAUCAACGUUGCCACAGUAAUCCGUAAGUUUGUUGAGGCGUGGGACGCGACCCCGACCGUCAGGACUACUAACGGAGGCCUAACAGAGAAGGUGGAAAGCGCUAACCCUAACAUGGCGGAGGAGAGCGGCGUCUCUUUGCUCCAGUUAAUCGGAGACCCCCCACCGGAUGAGAUCUCCAGGGUUGUCGGGCCGAGAGGGAAGGCCGCCUACGUCUUCACCUCUGGGGCGGUGUCAGGCCAGCCGGCUCUGGCCCACGUCCCCAACCCUUUCUUUCGCAGUUUCUCCGUCAACUUCCACAUCAAGCCCUCCACUCUCUCCCCCUCCGUCCUCUUCUCCAUCUCCGAUGGUACCCAGAAGUUCAUGUACAUCGGUGUCAAGCUCAGCGCGGUGCACUCCGGUCGUCAGAGGGUGCAGUUCUUCUACACCGAGCCCGACUCUGAGGCUUCGUUUGAGGCAGCAAGCUUUGAAGUGCCCAGCCUGGUGGACUCCUGGACUCGCUUCUCGCUGUCUGUCUUUGAGGAGCAGGUGACUUUCUACCAAGGCUGCGAUUCCGAGCCACAGGUGGUGAAGUUUGAGCGUUCGCCGGAUCCCAUGGAGCUCGACCCGGGGGCGGGGAUCUUUGUGGGUCAGGCAGGAGGAGCCGACUCUGACAAGUUCCAGGGUGAGAUUGCAGAGCUGAGAGUGGUGGGAAACCCUCGGGCAGCUGAGCGUCUGUGUGAUGACGAGGACGACUCUGACACUGCCUCCGGGGACUUUGGCAGCGGUGAAGGUGACAGGAGACAGACAGGACACACUGUGAAGACCACACCUGCCUCCUUCCGUCCAGUACCCGAACCCCCUCUGAUAACCUCCAAAGGAACCAGGCUAGAAGAAACAGGUCCCGGCGGUGCUAAAGGUGACAAAGGUGACAAAGGAGAGAAAGGCUCACAGGGGGACCCCGGCAUUGCAGGGCCGAAGGGAGAGUCAGGUUUCAGCUCUGGAUCCAGUUUCUCCUCUCAGGGUGGAGGACAGAAGGGAGAAAAGGGUGCAAAGGGUAGUUCCGGCUUCGGAUACCCCGGCAAUAAAGGAGACCGUGGGGCUCAGGGGCCUCCCGGGCGCCCUGGUCCUCCCGGACCUGCAGCUGAAGUGGUUCGACUUGGAGACGGCUCUGUUGUGCAGCAGGUGUCUGGACCUCCCGGACCGCCAGGACCACCAGGGUCAGAUGGGGCUGUAGGACCCCCUGGAACAGAUGGGGAGCCUGGUGAUCCAGGAGAGGAUGGAAAAGCUGGUCCAUCUGGGCCACGAGGUUUCCCAGGAAAUCUGGGAACGCCUGGCGCCAAAGGCCAAAAGGGUGAGGUUGGAGAGGGUCAACCAGGACCCAGAGGCCCCCCGGGUCUACCAGGACCUCCUGGACCUGGCACCGGUGACCGCCCAACAUUUGUUGACAUGGAGGGCUCAGGAUUCCCUGACUUGGACAAUAUCCGGGGUGCCCGUGGUCCUCCAGGUCCCCCGGGCCCUCCUGGCCCCCCUGGGAAUACAGUGGUACUGGGAGACAAUGGUCCAGUAGCUUUCGGACCACCUGGACCACCUGGACAGGAUGGAGUCCCUGGUCUACCAGGCCCCCCUGGUACUCCUUGUGCACCAGGCAAACCGGGACCCAAAGGAGACAAGGGUGACAGCGGUGAGCUUGGUCUUCCAGGACCAGCUGGAGAAAAGGGAGCUCAGGGUGAUACAGGAAGGCCAGGUCCACCAGGACAGAUUGGGCUCGCAGGGCUUCCAGGUCCCAUGGGACCAGUUGGACCCCCAGGACCCCCUGGGCAACCUGGGCUAUCAUACCGUGGCAUUGGUAACCUAGAUGAAUAUGAUGUUAACAAUGGCCUUCCUGGUCUCAGAGGCCCACCUGGACCACAGGGUCCACCUGGUAUUGCAGGUCUACCCGGUAAGUCAGGUUUCCCAGGUAGCCAUGGAGACAAAGGAGCAGAGGGACCAAGAGGACCUCCAGGGAUACCAGGUCACGACGGGUUCCCGGGACUGCCGGGUGAUAAGGGAGAAAAAGGAUCGAAAGGAGAGAUGGGUCUGCCAGGGCGAGUUGGCGGACCACCUGGACCUCCAGGGCCUCCCGGACCUCCAGGACAGAUCAUGUACAAGACAGCAGCUGAAGGAGGCGCUUUUGUUCCUGGUCGACCAGGAUCCCAGGGGCCCGGGGGACCAAAAGGAGACAAAGGAGACACAGGUCCUCCAGGAUAUGCACCUAAGGGAGAGAAAGGAGAGCCGGGUAUCAUCAUGGGGCCUGAUGGGAGACCUCUGUACCUUGGUGGCCUGGCAGGACAGCCGGGCGAGAGAGGACCCUCUGGCCCUGUGGGACCUCCGGGUCCAUAUGGUCCUCCAGGUCCAAAGGGAGAAAUUGGGCUUCCAGGUAGACCAGGUCGGCCGGGGCUGAACGGUGCAAGAGGAGAGAAGGGAGAUUCAGGCAGUGGGUCUGGAUAUGGUUACGCCGGUCCUCCAGGUCCACCAGGGCCCCCAGGACCUCCUGGAUCUUCUGCUCCCGUCGACAUUCUCAGAGGACAUGAAGAUUACGCUACGUAUUAUCCAGCUGUUAAAGGAGAGAAAGGUGAUCGUGGACCACAAGGGACACUUGAAAUUCCAGGUCUCGGGUCAAACGUUGACAUUUACACUUUGAGGAAUGAGAUGAAAGGUGAAAAAGGCAGUCCGGGCUUCAAAGGAGAUAAAGGAGAGCCUGGUGGAAGACAUUAUGACCCCCGCUAUGGAGGGAGUCGACCCGGAGUACCAGGAGCACCUGGACCUCCUGGCCCAAAAGGUGACUCCAUCAUUGGCCCACCAGGCCCUCAGGGGCCACCUGGUCAACCAGGAAGAGGCUAUAACGGGCAACCUGGACCUCCCGGGCCGCCUGGACCUCCAGGGCCAUCCUUACCUGUAGCUUAUAGGGGCACACAGACUAUCAAUAUUCCUGGACCCCCGGGACCACCUGGAGUGCCUGGCUUACCUGGACACUCCUCAGGGGUGACAGUGUUGAGGUCUUAUGACAUCAUGACAGCCACUGCUAGAAGACAACCUGAGGGCUCUCUGGUGUACAUUGUAGAACAAACAGAUCUCUACUUACGGGUCAGAGAUGGAGUUCGCCAAGUUCAGCUUGGGGACUACAUUGCUUUACCCAGUGAGAAUGUUAAUGAGGUUGCAGCUGUGGAGCCCCCACCAGUCGUCCCCUACUCCCCAAACCACCACUCCAACACCGACACCUUCGCACACAACUCCCAAAGGCAACCUGAGGUCCACCCCGACUCUGGGCAUCGGCCAGAUCUGAAUCAUCCAACACACCCAGGCCCUCGAUACCCAUCAAACCCUGAUUCCCAAUAUCCAACCCACCCUAAUCCUGAUGCACGAUAUCAGCCGGAUCCGCAGUACCCAGCACCCAAAGAUCCCAGGUUUCCAAGUUACUCAGACCGGUUAAAUCAACCAGACGGUAGGUAUUCUGUCUAUACCACCCAGGAACGUCCUGCAUACCCGGACACUCGCAAUGCAGUCACUCCUCAGCGAAGACCACCUCCUCCUUUGCCCCAGAGUCCAGUCCACCAUCAUACUUCAGGUCCAGCGCUCCACCUGAUCGCCCUUAACAGCCCCCAGACCGGCUCCAUGCAGGGCAUUCGCGGCGCAGACUACCGCUGCUUCACUGAGGCUCAGGCCAUCGGAUUGAAGGGAACUUUCCGGGCCUUCCUGUCCGCCAAACUCCAAGAUCUCCACAGCAUAGUUCGCAAGGCUGACAGGGACCGUGUGCCAAUAGUCAACCUGAGGGACGAGGUUCUGUUUGACAGCUGGGACGCCAUCUUCAAUGAAGGCAGAAUGAAGGACAAUGUGUUAAUCUACUCCUUUGAUGGCAAAGACAUUCUCAGAGACAGCACAUGGCCUGAGAAGAUGGUUUGGCACGGGUCAACCAGCGCCGGGCAGCAACAUGUUGACAGCUUCUGCGAGACAUGGCGUGCGAGCGACCGGGCACUGACUGGCAUGGCGUCGUCACUGCAGAGCAGUAGUCUGAUCCAGCAGAGCUCCAGCAGCUGCUCCAGCUCCUACGUCGUGCUGUGCAUCGAGAACAGCUAUAUCAGCCAUGCCAAGAGAUAAACACACAACACUGUACAAAGGGAAAUACCACAGCAGUCAUGCUUUUGUCCACACAUACUUUUCUAUCUAUCCAGCUUAUGUGGUGCUUUGUAAAUAUGUUUUUUUUUCUCAUGAAUAAUUAGUUUAUGUUUGUUAGCCCCUCCUAUAUGGUGCUACACAGGAUUAUCAGACAUGUUGGAACCAAGUUAAGCUCAGGUGACAUACAGUAAAGCACCCUCAGGCAGCCAUAUUGGAAGUCCACAGCUUUUUAAGGCAACAGCUACCUUUAAACUGUUUCCAAUUAGGCAGCUUUGUAAAUGGUUAGUCUUGUCAGCUAGUUGUUGCUAUAAUGUUGCUAUAAAUAUUGAAAUUAGCAUGCUUGAUGCAAGCUAGUAAAGCCCUGUUAUUAUUUCCCCAUUUGAUGAGAUAUCUGUCUCUGAGAUGUCUGCCUUGAACCCAAUACAAUAGAAGUGAAUUGAUUUGAUUGAAAAGUAAAUUUAUAAAAUUUAACAGCAGCCUUUUUAAUAUAAUGGUAAUAGGUAUAUAAUAGGGACAAAUUGGAGCCACUACUAUAAAGACAUGUUAUUGUUAAAUUAUGUCAUUCUUCAAUCCUGUGACCGCAGUACAUAAUGUGGCGGGAGGGAAAAUUCAUGGUAUAUUCAUCUGGCAACAUUUAUCACACAGCAGCUUAGAAAAAAAUGACUUGUCCAUACAACCAGAUGAGAGAAACUAAAUGUAUCUCAGAGAGGGAUAUACCACUGUGAUCAUAUUUAGGACCCGAGCAUGAAGCGUGCGAGGUCCCUAUUGAAACUGUAGGGAUAAUUUUUUUUCUUUUUUCUGCAAAGUAAGCUGAAUUUUGGGGGCCUAAACAUACUUGAAAACUCACCAAACUUUGCACACAUGUCAAAAGUAGUGAAAAGUUCAUAUUUUAUGGGUUUCGCGCAUGGGCGAGGCAAAAUGACUCACUAGCGCCACCUACAAAAUUGGAAAGAAUUAGCCCCUCGGCCAUGUUCAACCUACAUGCACGAAAUUUUCUGGGGACAGGUAUCAUAUCAAGACACACAAAAAAGCUUCAAGAACCCAUGCCCUAAACGAAAUAGGAAGUCAGCCAUUUUGAAUUUUUGGAUGAUUUACACACGUACUUUAAUGAACGAAAAGUUGUGCUAUCUGUGAGUUUUGGUCAAUGGGCGUGUCCGUGUCGUGGCAUCAAAGAUCAACUCUUCGCCAUGACACAGGAAGUUGUUAUAACUUCAGUGUACAUGCUCACAUCUGCACCAAACUGUACAUGUAGGGUUAGAGUCCCGUCCUGAACACAUGCAUGCCGACAUUCACCCACAGUCAUAGCGCCACCUGCUGGCAACAGGAAGUGACCUUUAACGAAGCAGCCCCCGCCGCACGUUUCACCUACAUGUAUGAAAUUUCUGUGGCACAUGUAUACUGU